AUGACCCAAGCAUUAAUGUUGAUAAGAGAAAUGAGUGAAAAAAUUAGUUUACCAAGAAGUAUUCAAGAUAGAGCUGCUAAACGUUUCAAGGAAGUUCUUGAGUCUAAAGCUUUGCGUGGGAAAAGUAAUGAAGCUCAGGCUGCGGCUUGUUUGUACAUUGCUUGUCGCGAAGAAGGAGUACCGCGUACAUUUAAAGAAAUUUGUGCCGUCUCAAAAGUUUCUAAAAAAGAAAUUGGUCGUUGUUUCCGGCUAAUUACCAAAACACUUGAAACAAAUUUGGAUUUAAUUACGAGUGCUGAUUUCAUGUCACGUUUUUGCGGAAAUUUAAGUUUGCCUUAUCCUGUUCAAGUAGCGGCUACAAGAGUUGCUAAAAAGGCUGUGGAAUUGGAUUUGGUUGCCGGUCGAAGUCCAAUUUCAAUUGCUGCUGCCGCUAUUUAUAUGGCUUCACAAGCUAGUGCUGAAAAACGAACAGCUAAAGAAAUUGGAGAAAUUGCCGGUGUUGCUGAAGAUACAAUUAGGCAAACUUAUCGCCUUUUAUUGCCAAAAGCAGCAGAAUUAUUCCCGGCUGAAUUCCGUUUUGAUACACCCGUUGAUCAUUUGCCACGCGGUUAG